UUCAUGUUGUUCAUUGCAGGUAUUGACUUUAAAAUCAGAACUAUAGAAUUAGAUGGCAAGCGAAUUAAGCUACAGAUAUGGGAUACUGCUGGACAAGAGAGGUUUCGUACAAUCACAACGGCAUAUUACAGAGGAGCAAUGGGUAUUAUGCUGGUUUAUGAUAUUACAAAUGAAAAGUCAUUCGACAAUAUAAAAAAACUGGAUACGAAAUAUUGAAGAGCAUGCAUCUGCUGAUGUUGAAAAAAUGAUUCUUGGAAACAAAUGUGACGUGAAUGAAAAACGACAAGUUUCUAAAGAGAAGGGGGAAAAAGCUGGCACUUGAAUAUGGAAUUAAAUUUAUGGAGACUAGUGCAAAGGCCAAUAUUAAUGUGGAAAAUGCUUUUUUUACAUUGGCACGAGACAUCAAAGCAAAAAUGGACAAAAAGAUGGAGGGAAACAGUUCCCAGAGCAGUAAUCAAGGAGUGAAAAUAACCCCAGAACAACAGAAGAAGAGCAGUUUCUUUCGAUGUGUUCUUCUGUGA